CACACACACAUACAGUAACACACGAGUGAUGAUGUAGGCGGUACGACGGACGAUAACGGCAGGGAAACGAAACUUGACCGAUUAUUGUUAUCACUUCAGCGGUUAACGGGCGUUUUGACUCGAUUUAGACGAAAACAGCCGUGUUGUGGUGACAGACAUGCAUCUACAUCGAGUUCGGUGCGUGUUCUAGAGGUGUAAUCCAGAAUGCUGGAGACCGUGACUGAAUCGAGAAGGUUGGUCCAUUAUGGCAACACCAGUUUGUUUCCCACUGUGGAGAACAGCUCUCAGUUCAACCCUGACCAUGAGAUCAACAUCACCAAACCACACAAGUGUCUGCAGAUCCUGUACGACGACAUCGGAGAGUCCAGGGUUCGUUACUGGGAUCUGAUGCUGCUCAUCCCGAACGUGGCGUUCCUGGUGUUCCUGGUGUGGAAACUUCCUUCUGCUCGCGCUAAGAUCCGCCUGACCUCCAGCCCCAUAUUCGUGGCGUUUUACAUACUGGUGUUCGUGGUGGCGGCUGUAGGAAUCACACGUGCAAUAGUCUCCAUGACCGUCAGCGCAUCCAUCGCCGCCACACUCAUAGACAAGGUGCUUUGGGAAAUCACAAGGUUCUUUUUAUUGGCUACUGAGCUCAGCGUCAUCAUCCUCGGAUUGGCUUUUGGCCAUCUGGAGAGUAAGUCCAGCAUCAAGCGUGUGUUGGCCAUCACUGCAGUCCUGUCUCUGGCGUACUCCAUCACACAGGGGACUCUGGAGAUUCGUUUCCCAGACAAACACCUCUCCGCCAAAGACUUCAACAUCUACGGCCACGGCGGGCGGCACUUCUGGUUGGCCAGCUCCUGUUUCUUCUUCCUGGUGUAUUCCUUAAUAGUCAUUCUACCUAAAACUCCAAUCCGAGAGAGGAUCUCAUUACCAUCUAAGAGGGGUUUUUACGUGUACGCUGCGAUCCUGUCCGUGUUGAAUCUGGUCCAGGGUUUGGGAAGCGCGCUGCUCUGCGCUGACAUCAUCGAAGGCCUGUGCUGUGUGGACGCGACCACAUUCCUGUACUUUUCCGUCUUCGCUCCUCUGAUCUACGUGACGUUCCUCAAAGGAUUCUUCGGUUCCGAGCCCAAAAUCCUCUUCUCGUACAAGUCCCAGAUCGACGAGCCGGAGGACUCGGACGUGCACCUGCCCAACACCUCGUCCUCGGGCCUGAGCCGCAGAGAGCUGGACCACGGCUCGUACUCCAGCACGCAGAUCGACGGCUCCGGCGCAUACCUGGACGACGUGGUGUCGGGCCCGUUCGGCGGAGCGCACAGCAUCAACAGCAUCGACAGCGACCGCUGGAGAGCCCUGAACGCGUGACCUCUGACCUCCGGGACGUUUGACCUGACCCGUCAGUGCUGUUAUUCAAACAUAUGUAUUCCAUGAAUCCAACAUUCCUUGUGUAACAACAGUGCUCUUAAUUUCACAUCUGUGUACUCAAAGCGAGUUUCUUGGACUUUGUGAAGUGCAUAACCUGAUAUAUUUCUUCAGAAAUGUUUGGCUGGAUUAGCUAGAUGCGCUACUGAUGCCAGCGAAGACGUUUCUUUUCAACCGUUAGGGUUGUUUUGCACUGAAAGUCAUUCAUUUUGGUGCAUGUUGUAAUUUGAAGACCUAAAAUCUACCUUGACUUUGUUCAUAUGCUUUAUAUGCAUCUGUUUCUCAGUGCUAUAUCAUAGAGUUUUCUUUUGAUUUUUAUUUAUUUUAGUGAUAUGUUGAAUUUCGUUUUAGCCUGUCAUUAGAUUUGGGCUCAGUUCUAAUGUUAAAGCUUAAAUCGUGAGCUUGACCUUUGACCUUCUGUCUAACUGAUCAAGUCUGAUUUAUUAUAACAUCAUUCCAUGUGGGAGACAAAAGGACCAUACUGAGAAAGCAUUUGACCCGCUUUAUUUUAUUUGAUAAAAAUACUGCAACGUAACUUUUUUCUUGGUGCACACACAAAAAAAAAAAAAAAAAAAAAAACGCAGCGUUUUUGGAAAACACUAUAAUCAUAUUCAAUUAAAUUUGGUCUGAGUAAAAUGCUUGCUUCUUAUUGCUUAUUUCUUUUAAUAUGAUGAGCAUGGAGAAGAAUUUAUCUAUUCAGAGAUGUGUUUGGAUGCUCUACUUUGGUUGUUUGUUUUUUGUUUUUUUACCACAUCAGUAGAAUUUAAGUAAAUCAAAUUAAUUUUGCACAGUAAGAUAACUAAUAUUAUCUGAAAUUCAGUUCAAAUUGGCAUAUGCUCGUGAACUUCACCCUCCCUGUUUAUUUCAUCUUCUGAUUUUGUAGCCUACUAGUAGAAGCAUAUCUCAAAGAUAUUUUAUAAUUUAAUAUUUUCUGAAAUGCUCUCUGGCAGUACAUGAGAUGUAUUUUAAUCAGAUGAACACUGAAGUCCAGCAAAAAUACAAAAAUACUUAUCUUGAAUAAAGAGGACCGACGAGGACUUUUAUUUUGAACAUACGUUACAAUGACGUGCUUUUCAUAAGCAGGAACUGUCAGACGCGAAUAACGUUUUAUUUCAGUUUAAUACCAUUAAUAAAUGAACGUUCCGACCCUUCUUCUACAUUUUGACAUUCCAGAUGAAUAAAGCAGUUUCCAUUCUGUGA